UGUGUUGAACCGAUCCAAAGUAUCAGAGCAGAAAGCGCGUCGUCUCUGUGACAGCCGGUCCACGAACCUGGAACCGGGAGUAGAGACGGAACCGCAACUCAUUCAGUCUAAUUGAACUUCUUGUCUUGUCUUUUUUUGGCGGCGAGCUUUCCGAACCGGACCGGACCGGACCGGGUUCACACAGGACGCGGAGGGGAAAAGUCCCAGAGUAUCAGGACAGGUUUCAGUUUCCCUGCUCGCCUGAACAUGGCUUCAACCACCUGCACCAGGUUCACUGAUGAGUACCAACUGUACGAGGAGCUGGGAAAGGGAGCUUUCUCUGUUGUGAAGAGGUGCAUGAAGAUUUCCACGGGAUAUGAGUAUGCUGCCAAAAUCAUCAACACCAAGAAGCUGUCUGCCCGGGAUCACCAGAAGUUGGAGCGCGAAGCCAGGAUCUGUCGCCUACUCAAACACGCCAACAUUGUCCGGCUCCAUGACAGCAUAUCAGAAGAAGGAUUCCACUAUCUGGUCUUUGAUCUAGUCACUGGUGGAGAGCUGUUUGAGGACAUUGUUGCCAGGGAGUACUACAGCGAAGCUGAUGCCAGUCAUUGCAUUCAACAGAUCCUAGAGGCUGUGCUCCACUGCCACCAGAUGGGUGUGGUUCACCGUGACCUCAAGCCAGAGAACCUGCUGCUAGCCAGCAAGCUGAAGGGAGCAGCAGUUAAGCUGGCUGAUUUUGGCCUGGCUAUAGAAGUGCAGGGAGACCAGCAGGCAUGGUUUGGUUUUGCAGGCACACCAGGGUAUUUGUCUCCAGAGGUCCUGAGGAAAGAUCCAUAUGGCAAGCCUGUGGAUAUGUGGGCCUGUGGGGUGAUCCUCUAUAUUCUGCUGGUAGGAUACCCUCCGUUCUGGGAUGAGGACCAGCAUAGAUUGUACCAGCAGAUUAAAGCUGGAGCUUAUGAUUUCCCCUCUCCAGAAUGGGACACAGUGACCGCUGAGGCCAAAGACCUGAUCAAUAAGAUGCUAACCAUCAAUCCAGCUAAGAGAGUAACUGCUGCAGAUGCUCUCAAACACCCCUGGAUCUGUCAACGCUCCACCGUGGCCUCCAUGGUGCACAGACAGGAAACAGUGGAGUGCCUCAAGAAAUUCAAUGCCAGAAGGAAACUGAAGGGUGCCAUCCUGACGACUAUACUUGCCACUCGCAACUUCUCAGCAGCCAAGAGCCUGCUGAACAAAAAAACAGAUGGUGUCAAAGAGCCUCAAACCACUGUUAUCCACAAUCCAGCUGAUGGAAACAAGGAAUCCAGCGAGAGUGCCAACACUACCAUUGAGGACGAGGAUGUAAGAGCCCGUAAGCAGGAGAUCAUCAAAGUGACAGAGCAGCUGAUUGAGGCCAUCAACAACGGAGACUUUGAGGCCUACACGAAGAUUUGUGACCCUGGUCUCACAUCAUUUGAACCUGAGGCUUUGGGAAACCUGGUUGAAGGCACAGAGUUCCACCGCUUCUAUUUUGAAAAUGCUCUGUCUAAGGGAAAACUGCCCAUCCACACCAUCCUGCUGAACCCCCACGUCCACCUGAUCGGGGACGAGGCGGCCUGCAUCGCAUACAUCCGCCUUACACAGUACAUCGACAGCAACGGCAUGCCGCGUACCAUCCAGUCUGAGGAGACCCGCAUCUGGCACCGGCGUGAUAGCAAGUGGCAGAACAUCCAUUUCCAUCGCUCCGGCUCACUCACCAUCCCCUCCAAUUGAGGUGACACUCUUGGACCACAAACAGCCUCCAGCAAGACAGCUGACUAACCCCAACCCCACCCACCAUGUGGACAAACAUCCCAAAGCCAAUCCCUGCUAUCCUUUGCUAUAGCUCCGCCCUCAGUGUGUUGUUUACAUAUUGCAGCUGCUGCACUCAUGUUGAAAAGCCAACAGACGUCAAUGGAGGGAUUUAUGAUUUUGUAGUGAGAAUGUGUGCUGUUUCUGUCAGUAGUGUGUUUAUUAGCUGAGUUUUGGUUUCACCUCUUUUACAUCUGUAUGUUUUAACAGGAGAGCUUUCAGGUGCUGCCUGGUCAUUUUAUAGCCUGUGUAAAGAUGUGAAACUUAAUUUUUUUAGCAUUCCAUGUAUUCAUAUAUUAUGAAACGGUGAGGCACAUUGACCAAAAUGUCACACACUGUACCUCCUUCUUGCUCGUGUAUCUUUUCAGUACUGCCAUCUGUUUUGCUUAGACUCAUGCUUGCUUUGUUUUGUUCAAUCCAUCCUUAAAGUGAAAGUCCAUUCAGCUCUCUGGUUUGCUAGUGCCACCAAGUGUUUUUGGUAUUUGUCUAAAAGGAAAGUCAAGUAAAACCUGAUAUGUCAGCUUCAACUGCCGCCCCCUCUGCAGGUAAAGGGAAAGCCUGUUCUGUGAGAAUGAAAGCAGACAUGGAAUUUCUAAAGUCUUGCAUAUUCUCAUACAAUGAGUAUAUGCAUUGAUGAAAAUGUUCUCUGUUCAAAUUUGUUAAAUUUUCUAAUGUGAUAUUGAUGCUUGCUCCUCUUGAUAACUUCCUCUUUUAGGCUCUGGUUCUUCACCAUAACAUUCCUCAGCAUCUGGUUCAAAGUACAAGCUCACGACAACUUUUGGUUUAGGUCUUCACUCAUCAUUUAGUUAUUCAUUUAAUAGGAAAUGAGUAUCAUCACCAGUGCUCUCAUUAUGCUACAUUCUUGUCAUUGCGGUGACGCCAUGGGAUUAAAGGGAAGUGGGCUCCAAAUAUGAUGCAUUCAGGGCCUUUGAUCAUUCUUCAUUUUUGGACUGUUGUUUUGUCUAUACAAAUUCAGAGUUAUUUGAUAUAAUUAUGUCACACUUUCUACAAUAUACUGAUGGGCCAAGCCUAAUGUACAUCAAAAAAUGUGAAAUAAAAUGUCAUUUAGACCAAAUGUG